AUGCAAAACUCUGGAGCGUGCCUGUCACAAUCGUUUCUGCUCUACUUCCAUGAGUGGGUCGUCGACACUGAAAAGGACGAGGAUUUGUCAAUCACGAAGGCGGUGCUCGCGAGCCAUAUCCAUGCGGCUACCAUCGAGAAGAUCACCUUUGUGUACAAGAGAAAGGAGGUUCUCGAUACUCUGGCUUCAUUGAAUCGCCAACUGAUUCUCGUUUUCGACCCCUUUGCAGACUUCGAUGACCCCGGAGACGAAGACGACAUAGACACCCAAGAGGUUGAAUACUACUUCGAUAUGAUCUUGGUCUUGAUUGCAGUGAGCAAGCUGGCGAUCAGCAGCAUCCAUGUUCGAGCUCGAAGGGAAGAUUGGGAUAAACGACACAUGCCACUGGAUGCGUCUUAUUCUCUCAUUGAGCCACAUCGAACUUUCACUGGCAUUGAGCUUGGAACGAUAUUGCAAUACAUUCACCAGAUACUGCAGAUUGAAAGUCGGCAGGGUACUGCGACAUUCCCUCCAUUACUGGUCGCCAAAUAUCCAAGCAUCGGAGACAUGUCGUUCGACUAUCUCAAAGGACGUCUGAUGAUGCGAAACCUGCACACAUUCCAUUGGUCCGAGUUUCGAAUUUGGAUCUUCAGCCUCGAAUGCAAAAGUCUUCGAAUCCAAAGAUGCAAUCUCAAUCCCAGCGAUCUCAGUCGAAUGCUAGCAGGGGCGAUAGCCAAAAGUCAUCCUAUACGACAUAUAUCAAUAGUCGAUACGGUGUUGCACAAGAAAACGGCUGAGGACGAUAAAUCCUCCUCCUCCCCUAGAACUUCUAUACAUUGUCUGAUCCAGGCCAUCUUGCCUUAUGCACACCAGCUGGACUAUCUUCGCUUUACCAACAUAUGGGCGGGAGUUGACGUUUCUCCUGACUCCCCGGUGUUUGAGAAGAAUCUAGGAGAGCUCGAAGUCAAGGGAAGAGAACAGAUACGCCCGCGUCUCGUCCAUUUGUCCAACGAGUUUCCCGAACCGGAUGCAAUGCGUCUGGACGGAAACACAACCAGUGGAGACGAGUAG